UCAAUCAUACAAUUUCGAUAAUCCCUACUACCAAGAUCUUGAACACUGGUUAUUUGUUGAUUUGAUAAAAGCUAGGUCAUUGCCUUUGCUUAGAACUCAUUUGAUACAUCCUUUCUUCUUGAAAUACACCCUCAAUGAUCCACAUCAUGAACUCAGUCAGACUAAUCAACGCUGGCCUGAUCCGGAAUCUCAAGCAAUCCUUGCGCAAUGUGCAGUAUUAGAGAUAAAUGCAGCAACUAUAGUUGAAUAUGGUAGGAGAAUAGCUGAAGGGAUUAUAGUUGAUGGGAACACACUCCUCGAUCAAGAGAACGCAAACCUGUCACAAUUAGAUUCACAAGUCGAUCAAUCGAUGAUAUAUCUCCCUGAAUCUAAAGCACUUCGCGACAGUAUACAAAAAGCUCGAGCUGAUCAUGCGGUUGAAUUGAAAAAAAAUGAUAAUGAUAGGGAUGUAGACCUUGAGCGUGAUUUCACGUAUGAACAGUACAUAAAAGGACAGCUACUCAUGCGUCUUGGUCAACUCCAUCGUAGACGUUUAGCCGAAGCACGCGAUGAGGAUGCUCAACAGUCUUUGUAUAUCCAUCUACGUGAAUUGUCAAGCAGGUUAUCACAGGCUCAAGCAGCGCUCUCAAAUGCAAGGUCCGAAGCCGCCAAAACCCAUGCAAGACAUGUAACUUGGACAGACGAGCUCCAACGGAAAGUAAAAUACUUCCGAGAGGAGAAAAAGAAUUGGGAUGCUGAAGCUGUCGGUCUGCGUGGUGAACGUAGUGCCGCUGAAGAAAUCAUACGCGUUAAUCUAGGCCGUCUUGCUGACUCUGGUAACCGCAUUUUCGAACUCGAAAAUCAAAUCAGAGAAUGGCAACCAAAGAUCGAGGAGUUUGAUAAACUUGAUGAGAGGAACAAAGAUCUAGUCAAGUCGUUAGCUGCUAGAGAUGAUGAUUUAUUUAGACACGAUGAACAACGUCGAGAGAUGCAGAUUCUCCUCGGUCGCUUCAAUCAACUCAAGACAAUGACAAAGGCAGAACGAGAUGCUCGUAUUGCUGCUGAAAAUGAAGCACGUAAAUCUCGAAACGAGAGUGAUCAGCUCAAGCUAAAAAACGAACACCUCGAAGGCAGACUCCGGGAAGUGAUCGAAAGUAGAGAAAAGCAGGAAAUCCAUCAAGUGAAGCAAGCGAGAGAAUAUUACGUACCAGAGUCUAAUAAUACAGCACUACAGGAGGAAAUACUCACGCUUCGAUCUCAAGUUGAACGACUGGAGGCUGAGAAAAGGGAGGGUAUGUCUAUGUACUCGCGUGACGACGACGAAUCGAGUGAUGAAGAUGUCGUAUUUACAAGGAGAGAAAGCUCAAGAUCACCAUUAACUAAAUCACCAAGUGUACCUCCAAUUAGUCUCUUCCCUGCCUCGUUAUCAAACGCUUGGACACAAUCGCAACCAACGACACCUCAGGUUAGCACAGCUUCAAAUGAAGCUCUACACACACGUACCCGACAUGUACGCUCACCGACUCUCUCGUCUGCCCCGUCCGUGAUUGCUGGUCUGGGGUUAGGACCGAAUAGCAGAAAGUCAAGUAGUGAACGGAAGCUAUCAAGUUAAUUGUAAAUUUUUUAAAAAGUGUAUAUUAAUCUUUUUUGUUGUUAUUUUCUAAACGAAGAAGACGUUCUCUGGCUUCUCUCAUACGACCACCAUAGGAGGAUGAUAAGGACGAGGCAAGCGAUAAAAAAUAUAUCUCUGCGUAGACUUUCUACAGCUACGAGUACGUCGUCUAGCCAAGCACUCAAAACACCACCGGUAGAGGCUCGUGGUAAGCAGAGCAGCAAAACAGCGAGCGAGGACGUCAAUUUGCCUAUUUUCAACGCCAAAGAGUGGUCAACUUCAGUUCCAAUACAGAAGUCGAGAUUGGUCGCUUUAGCUAAUAGACUCGGCUUGUCAGAUAUUCCAAUAGAAGAGUUAGAAAUUGCAUGCACACACAAAUCGUGCGAUAAAAACAAAAACAAUGAGCAAUAUGAACAAAUUGGUAACACUUUCCUUGGUAUGCUUGCAACUGAGCAUGUUCACGUCUCCUACCCACAUUUACCACUCAAACCAUUAAAAGCAGCAGUCAGUAUGCUCGUAGGUCCUAAAACGUGCGCUGGAUUGAGCAGAGAGUGGGGUGCACAAUCAACCCUCCGUUGGAGCCGUCAGGAUGAUAGCCAGACAUACCUCCACGAAGACGCAAUGUCAAGCCUUUCAAAGAGUAUAGUUGGUUUAAUUCUCAAACAUAAGGGUAUUAAGAGCGCUUACUAUUUCACUCAAUCGUUCUUCCUUUCACGUUCAAUUGAUUUACGCGCUUUACUUAAAUUUGACAACCCAGUCACUGUUUUAAGUCACACAGCUAAGAAGUUUGGAUACAACAAUGUUGAUGUUAAGUUAUUAAAAGAGACUGGUCGGUAUACCCAGUCGCCGGUCUACAUAGUCGGCGUCUUCGCUGAUGAUAAUCUCAAAUUAGGUGAAGGCUUUGGAUCUUCACUCAAAAUGGCAAAAUAUCGCGCUGCUAAUAACGCCCUUCAACAACUUUACUUGCAUUACAGACCAUCAGAUUCACUUCCGUCAGCUACGCUCUUUGACGAGCCAUACAACUCAUUGCCAUUAGGUAAAAGUGAAGUCCUGUUCAAAUCUGCAUAAAAAUUUUGUUUCCCUAUAGAUGGUUUUUUCCUUUAUAAUGAAAAUCUAUAUCAACCUCGUCGUGAGUAGCAUCUGAGUGAAGUCUUGGUACGUGAUGAAUGAUUUAUUUUCAGAAAUCGUCUCCAACAUUAUUUGUGAUUGUUUAUCGCUAAUCUUCUCACCUAAUGAUUUAAUCACCCGACGAAGAUUGCUUAUAUCCAGCAAUGACAUCUCAUUAACUUCUCUUGGGUUUUCAAAGAAAAGCUUGAAAGUUGCGAGGCUAUUUUCCAGUUGUUUCUUCGUCACUCUGGGAGUUUGCUCUUCCUCAUUAUCUGAUUCGUCUACAGCACCUUCACUGAUAUCAUCGUCGUUAUCGUCACUCUCGUUAGCGCGGUAGACAUCGUCGUCGUCGUUAUUUUCGUCGUCACUGUUGUCAGCGUCACGCUGGCUUAUGAGCACCGCAAUUACGGAAGCGAAAUCGGGCCAUUGUAUUGUUGUACUAUCCUUAUUAGUUCCCCAACCUUGAGCAGCCUGAGUGAGGAUUUCCAACACUUGUUCGUCAUUAUCAUCUAAAUUUAGUUGGCGUAGAGCGUAGCGUGAUCGUGAUAAAGGCAUUUCAUUGUCGUUAGAGUCAUCCUCGUUGAUGGUCUCGCCUUCUUCUGGUACAAAUCCACCAGAUGUGUCUUCCUCAGGUAGAAAGCCACCUUGAGUGUCCUCAUCAGGUAGGAAACCACCUCCUGUGUCCUCUUCUGGUAGGAAACCGCCAGCGGAAGUAUUAUCAGAUGUCGUAGGAUGAUUUUUGGUAUUUUUACGUUGGCAUUUCUCAAAAACUCUUCUUAUUUCUCGCUGCUGGGACGUUCUCAGUCUACUAAAAUCAUCGUCGAGGUGCUGAGCAGCGCUAACGACAGCAGGCGAUGGUGAACGAGAAGCUUCCAAGUGAGUUCGCCUGGUUAUAACCUAUCAAUAGUUAGCUAGAUAACCUCCAAGUCU